AGGAAGAUGGCGGCGGCCCCGCUGUACUGUGUCUGCCGGCAGUCUUAUGAUGUGAGCCGGUUCAUGAUCGAAUGCGACCUCUGUAACGACUGGUUUCAUGGCAGCUGUGUCCAGGUGGAGGAGCACCAUGCGGUGGACAUUGAUGUUUACCACUGUCCUAACUGUGAACCCCAACACGGACCCUCCUUGAUGAAAAAGCGCAACAACUGGCACAGGCAUGACUACACCGAGCAGGACGAUGGCACCAAGCCAGUGCAGGCUGGCACCUCUGUGUUUGUCAAGGAGCUCCAGAACAGGACCUUUGCCAGUGGGGAUGAGAUCCUGCAGUGGAUGCCUGGGGAGCAGGUGACCCAGAGGUACCUGGAAAGCCACGGCUGGCAGUACCCCAUCGCUGUGUCCAACAUAGAGGGACUGGGACUCAGGCUGCCUCAACCAUCCUUCUCUGUCAAAGAUGUGGAGCAAGUUGUCGGCGGUGACAAAGUCAUUGACGUCAUCGACGUGGCCAGGCAAGCAGACAGCAAGAUGAAGCUGAAAGAGUUUAUUAAGUAUUUCUACAAGCCUCAUCGGCCCAAGGUGCUCAACGUUAUCAGCCUGGAGUUCUCUGAUACCAGGAUGGCAGAUCAGGUGGUGGUACCUGACGUAGCUCAGAACAUGUCCUGGGUGGAGAACUACUGGCCAAAUGACUCCUUCUUCCCCAAGCCCUUUGUCCAGAAGUACUGCCUCAUGGGGGUUAAGAACAGCUACACUGACUUCCACAUAGACUUUGGCGGCACCUCUGUGUGGUACCACGUUCUCUGGGGUGAGAAGAUAUUCUACAUGAUCAAGCCGACCCAGGCCAACCUUGCACUAUAUGAGGCGUGGAGCUCCUCCCCCAACCAGAGUGAGGUGUUCUUCGGGGACAAGGUGGACAAGUGUUACAAGUGUGUCGUGCAGCAAGGAACCACGCUGCUCAUCCCCACAGGAUGGAUCCAUGCCGUCCUCACCUCUCAGGAUUGCAUGGCGUUCGGAGGCAACUUCCUCCACAACCUCAACAUUGGCAUGCAGCUCAGGUGUUACGAGAUGGAACGUCGUCUGAAGACUCCAGACCUCUUCAAGUUUCCCUACUUUGAGGCUAUCUGCUGGUAUGUGGCCAAGAACCUGCUGGAGACCCUGAAAGAGCUGCGAGAAGACAACUGCCCACCCCAGACCUACCUAGUGGAGGGAGUGAAAUCUUUAAUCAUUCCACUGAAAACCUGGCUGAAGAGAGAGGUUACGGAGCCCACCAGCGAGGUCCCGGACCAUAUCAGGCCCAACCGUCUCAUUAAAGAGCUGACCAAGGAAAUCCGCUACCUGGAGGAAGACCAGGCCAGCAGUGGUGGCACCAACAAGCCAGUGAAAUCUCAGGGAAGCGGUGGAGGCCAGUGUCCGGCCACGCGCUCCACGCUGGAGAGGGUGUGCCCGGCCCGUCAGGCGCGGCGGGCUGCCCGGAGGCUCCGGGAGCAGCAGGAGCAGGGCCGUAAGGUUCCCUCUAACCUGGAGAUCCUGGAGCUGCACACCAGAGAGGUGCUCAGGAGGCUGGAAGUGGGCCCUCUGGAGGAGGACCCUACCUUCUGUCCCCCAGUGCAUGGGAAGUUCAACAUGGUGUCCACCGCCUCUGCCGCUGCUGCUGAGAACCCAGACACACACCUGCGUCUCACGCUGCACAACGGACGGAUCAUCCGAGACGCGAGGAGACCAGGUAGUAGCACGGCUCGCAGCCCGGUGAAGACGGAGAGUGAGAGGCCGUCCGUGGGCCAACUGAAGAGCAGAGAGGAGAUGAAGACUGAGUCAGACCAGGAACAGCAGCACAGCACUAUGGGAGGAGAGGAGAAACCAGGCCACCUCAGGGGUAUUGAGAGGGUUAAGACUGAACUCGGGGAAGAAGCCUCAGGACACUCCGACGCGUCGGACAUGGACUCGGACAGUGAUUCCAACACACAGCAAAGCACCUCUUCUGAGGAAGAUUCAGGAAGCUCCCAGAGUGAUGAUGAUGAGGAGAGGGGCUCAUCCCAGAGAGCCGCAGGGCACACCAUAGAGCUAGACCAGACAGACCUGAACCUCCGGCACAAACACAAGCCACUCAAAAGAGAACGUCCUACUUCACCCAGCACAGAGGAGGCCAUUCAAGGCAUGCUGUCCAUGGCUGGCCUGCUGUGCCCCUCCAAGCCAGACGAGGUCGCCACUUCCCAGGAGCUGUGGUGGUCCAGCCCGAGCCGAGGCUCGCCGGAGCGCCGAGUGCAGCACCAGCGUCGUGUGGCGGGGGACAAGAGCCCCAUGGACAGCCAGGGCAACAGCAGCAGCGAGGCCUGGGACAAUCAGGGGCCCCUCUCCAUUGGGGCCCUGAGCCACGAUGCCAGCCCAGAGGCCGACAACUACCAGUACUGUGAUCCCUCAAUGUCUCCCCCUCUCCACCCCUCCAAAAGACAUGCCUCCAACUCCCCUCCCAUCAGUAACCAGGCCACGAAAGGCAAGCGGCCCAAGAAAGGAAUGGCCACGGCCAAGCAGAGACUGGGGAAGAUCCUGAAGAUGAGCCGACACAAUGGCGUCUUUGUAUAGAGCUCUGAGGGCCACAGGCAAAGCUAAAGGAGGGUAACAGACCCCUGUCCUCACAUCCAGAUUAUUCUGUACAUUUAGUCGACACCUUUUUGUCCUGGAGAAAUCACUGCCUGGGGAAAGGGCCCAUCUGAGAGACUUGUUGUUGUCAGACACACAAACGAACAGGCUUACUGUGCAUGCUUAGGACCACAGGGUAUUGGAUUCACAUGAGCAAGCUACCAAUCAAGCGCACAGCUUCACUGCAAGCACUCUAAAACGUAAUGGAGAAGAAGGGGGAAAAAGCUUGUUGAUUACUCAACUUCAGGGAAACUUAAGAGUUCCAGUGGGCAUCAACGUGCCAUGGGGAAAUGUUUGAUGUCCGGAUGAGGUAGGAAUGAGGUCUACAGUACAUCACAACAUUGAAGACGAUUCUUCAGCCAAUGUUAAUGACGCGCAUAAGCCAAUGCAGGCUGCUUGAUGUCCCACCAUCUGCAUCUCCCAGCGCUGCCUUCCUUGAAUAUCUGCAGCACUAUGAACUGGAUGAGACCCAGGACAAGAUGGAAGUUUGGAUAUACAGACUGGCAUUGACCCACCUGGCUCUGUGUCUGGGCUCUCUAGCAGGGUCCUUUUUGUCCCUGAGAAAAAAAAGUGCUAAUCUAAUUUUUCUAAAUGGUGCUUAAUGUUUGUACGUCCUCCAUGCUCCCAACUCCCCUUAUCUCAAUCACACCAGCAAUAAUGAUGUUGAGUAGAGAAGAGAGAAGUUUUGAGAGGCAGCACUCUUGGUUAGUCUUCCCUGCCACAUUGUGUCAUUCACCUAUUUAGACAAUUGCCUACUUUAUCAUUGCACUGUUUUUUGGGAAGGUAAAAACCCAUCAGGUCUAAAACAAAUUACAUUUUAACCUGUCUGCAUUAGUUCAUUAUAAGUCUCUCUAUUUGAAUUUCACGUUUUAAUACUUUGAUCGAUCAUAUGAAAGCCAUACUCCUUGAUAUAGAAUUUAUGAUUUUGCUGCCCUCUGAUGGUCAAAGGAGACUAACACAGAGAGAGAGUGCUGCCUCAAUAAGAAAUGUUUUAUAGUGUAAGUUGUUUACUUGGUUGAAAAACAACUUGUAUAAUAUCUUGCUUAAUUUAUUUCAAGUUGUUACUUGAUUUUAAUGUUAUUUCUUUAUGGAUUCUGAGUUAUGUAUUUAUUAAUUGAAAGAGGUGAAUAUUGAUUUUAUUAUAUUUUGGCCCGAACCUCGGCUAUUCUGGGAAUUCUCUCCUCAAGGUUUUUUUUCCCCUCUCUUUUAUGCUUAUUGUAUAUGUGGACAUUUUAGACUUCAUGUGGUUAUGAUAUUGUGCAGGUCAGUAAGAAUCUCUAACUCAAUCUUUCUUUUCUCCACUUCUGUCCAAGUGGACUUUCUUAACUUGAUUUGAAACGGUCUCUUCUGUUUCCAGGGGUUAGUGGGGUUCUGUGUUAAGAGAAUGUGUCAUAUUGUGACUCCAAAAGGUUGCUACACCUAUAGCCUACUUGACGUUGUCUAACGAAAAAUACAUUUUGAACAAUUUUAAAUGGGGGGUCGGGUCCUAUGAUAUGGUGCUGAAGUGAGGUGUGUGAUUUGAUUUGGAUUUGUAGUUCUUCACUCUCAGGGAAUGAUGCCACAGAUAUGACCACAGCUAUGACCACAUAUGUAGCUGGUGAUUACUUUAAUCACCAGCUACAUCAUGUACACUGUAAGGCAAGUUCUUCCAACCAGGCUGUUGUUCCACUUCUUUCUCUAAGCAGUUGUGCAUUGGAAUUGACCAAGUUGAAGAAAUCAACAUGGUCAUCUCUAUUUGGAGAUGAUACUCAAGCUCUGCCCAGCUACUAAAAAUGUUUAACUCCAUAUCCAAGAAAUCCAAUCUUCCAGCAUCUACCUUCUGACAGAGCAGACCCCCCCCCCCCCCAAAAAAAAACCACCACUUGUCCCAAUAUCCUUAAACACCCUCGCUCUCGUCUACAGUGUUUCACUGAAUGACAUCCAGACUUACUCAGUCACCAAGUAACUUUAAUAGCAUCCUCUGAACAGUAUCUGACUUGAAAGCUGUGCUAUGAGUUCAACUUGCAGUGCACCUGACCUUGGCAUAAUUGUGGUCUAUCGCUUAGCCCUUAAUGAGAUUUUACCUAAUGACACAUCACACUUUCAUGUCUUCCUCUCCAUGGAAUAGUGUUUGAUCCAAUUGCCAGACAUUUCCAUCAACUCUACACAUUCACCUUUUAACUCUUAUUGCAUGUUGAAGUCCUCACCACUCGUCUGUGUAGUAAUAAGCACAAGAACUAGCCUGCAGGCAGGGUUUGUUAUUAGCAGCAGUUCUCUUUCAUUGUAUAGUAUUUACCGUAAACUCUUACGUGCAAAUCUAUUUGCAUUUGUGUUUCUUCUUCUAUCAAUGGUCAUGUUUCUUCUCUGUGCAUUAGUCCUUCAGAUGGUUUGAUUUAUCAUGAUUUGAACCACACAAACACUGGCUUACUGUGACACUGUUACUUGAUGCAUUGAAUAUGUUUCAGCAUUUCAAAAAUGACCUGUAAAUAUAAAAAUGAACUGAUUCUGUUAAAUUGUUGUUUUUUUUACAAGAAACUAGGAGUUAUUAUACAGUCAUUGAUUUCCAUAUGUACACACCCCAAAGAUAUGUUUCAGAAUAAAUUGACUUUUAUUUCUUGG